AUGCAUGGGCAGGAGAAGUUGGAAGAGGCAGCAAAGGCACAGGUGCGUCGCUUGUGCACGCCGAAGCGCAAGAGGCUGUCACUAAACGUUCCAUCUUGGGUGAUCGAAGAAUACAAACAGAGACCCAAAGCUGAGACUGCAAAACUAUUGAUGCAGUGCAAUUUCGACAAGGACAAAUUCAUCAGCACUUUGGAGGUGAUAGUCCGAAAGAAAUCUUCGCAGUGCGUCACUGUGGAUUCCAUGUGGGUUAGCGAGAAAGAGAUGCGAGAAGAAUUGAAAUGGACCAGGAUAGCUGGUGUCAAAAAGGCAUGUGAGCAAAAAAGCUCAACUCACAUCAGGAAGAAUCAAUAUGACCAAGUUGAGGAGUACCACGUCGAUGUGCGUGAAAAGGGUCAAAGAAAGGAGGAGGAAUCGCAAGCAUCUCAGAAGCCAGCCUUGACUUCUGGCGCCUUCGACGGGUUGGAUCGUAUGAAGGAAAGGCUGGCUGCUGAAGCCAGCCAACAGUCUGGCCAAAGUGGUCAAACCCAACCCCUGGAGACGCGAAAAAAACUUCAAAAGUUUCUCGACUCCAUCAUCGGCAAAAGUGGCAAGUGCAGAGCUCUUAUCCGAGACAUCCGCCAAGACUUCUCACAGAACCCUGAGAUGCAAAGGCAAGCCAAGCAAAUGGAGUCUUUGCUGGUCAAAUUGGACUCAGAGCACGAUGCUUGCAGCCAGGUUAUGGCCAGAGGGGAGCUCAACGGAUUCCCUCCUGAGUGUUCUGCAGCAUGCGCCUUCGAAGCGAAGCUCAGGAGUGCUAAGAAGUAUGAAAAGAAGGAUGGGUCGCCUGAGACAAAGGACAAAAAGGACAAGGAGAAGAAGGACAAUGAAAAGCCUGACAGAAAGACCAAGGGAAAGAAGGACAAGGGCAAGUCGAACCGUAAGGUGCUGGCAAGGCGCUGCGGGCUUUAUCGGGAGACAUUGGAGAAGGUGUCCAUACCUCAAUGCUCCAGCUUGGGCGGUGCCGUGUGGACAGGCACACCCGGGUGCAAAAACAUUCGCUUGGGAGGUGAUACCAUCAAUCCUUCUGGUGAAAAGCCAGGCAGAAAGCGCAGUGUGAUGCAAGUUGGCGCAGAAGCUACAAAGAGUUUUCUGGUGCUGAUCGAUGAAGUCAUGAACCACGCCUCGACCUGCCGAGCUUCAAUCCGAGCUGCCAAAAACAUAGUGGCAGACAUCGGUGAGAAAUUCGCUCAGCGUAGCAAAGGCCUUGUAGAGCUCAGCAAGUGUACAGAGGAACAUUCUGAACGAGAUGUCCAAUCAGUCGUCAAGCAGUUUGAUUUGAUGUUGCCGUUGCAAUUGACUAGCUUGCCCAAGCAACCUGGCACACGCUACACUGGUGAGUUCAAAGCAAUCCGGCUGAGGGACUGGUGUCAGUUCCUUGUGGAUUACAAUUGCUGGCAUGUGGUGUGCGGCUUGAGGGAACCUGAUGAGAAUCGAGAAUGUGCCAUUUUGGCCGAGUUCUGGAGACGGUUCCAACUGGUGGAACCGGAUCAUCAAAUCUUUGCCGAAUUUGCUCAGCACAGAAUCGAUCCAAGCCGCUGCUGUCCCAUGUUGCUCCAUGGGGACGAAGGGCGUGGCCGCAAGAAGUGCCCGUUUUUGGUUGUGGCGUUUCACUCCUUCAUCGGGUUUGGGACGCAAGCUGCGAACAGAUCCAGGACACACCGGUCAUAUCGUCGAAUGCGAUUGAAUUACAGUGAAACGACCCAUGUGCAUCGUUUCAUCACUGCAGUGCUUCCCAAAAUGGUGAAAGACGAUGUCGCUUUGAAGACGAUUUUGUCCUUUGUGACUGCAGAGUCUCUGCACACGUUGAGGCAUGGCGUGUCAACUUGCCACGGGGGCCAGCGAUACCACAUGGCUGUUUUGAACGUCACAGGAGACUGGGCUUGGCUUGCGAAAGCCGGGUGCUUGAGCAGAUCCUAUUCAAAUUGCGAGAAGCGUCCUCGAGGCGCACGGUCGCAGCCAAAAGGCAUCUGUCACCUCUGCCGUGCCGGGCAGCUCAAUGUGCCCUUUGAGGAUUUCAAUCGAGAUGCAACUUGGAAGAGCACAAUGUUGCAACGUGGCGACAAUCCUUUUGCCUCUCGGCCUGCCCUAGCGCAGCUGCCGCACAGGCCCAAUAAGGAGGCCACCUUGUUCAAGUAUGAUUUGUGGCACUCUCUGCACCUGGGUUUUGGGAAGACAUUGUCGGCGAGCAUUUUGACUCUCAUCUCUGACAGAAUGAGCGCAAACAACGUGGAUGACCGAUUCACAGAACUGUCAGAUGAGUUCUUUCAAUAUUGUGAUGAAAGUCGAAUUACGCCAUAUAUCAAUGUCAUCACCAAAGAAACAGUGGGUUGGCCAAACAGGGCUACCUAUCCGAACGGGUUUUGGAGCAAGGGGCAUGUCACGGUGACCCUCCUCAAGUUCAUCGCACAUUGGCUUCACACCCACGAUGUUUCGGACAGUGCCAUGCUGACUACCUGCAUUGAAGCAGUGGACUCUUUGAAUGCUUGCAUGGAAGAUCUAUAUCGCCAAGAUAUCUGGAUCAGUCAGGCGAUUGCUCGUCCAAUGGGCGAAAAAGGCCUUCGCUGCUUGGAACUGUAUCAGGGCCUUGCAAGACACGCCUACGAUGCAGGUGAAGCCCAAUUCGCCUUUAUGCCAAAAGGCCACGUGGUGCACCACGUGUUCGAUGAGCUUGCACAAUCGGGCAUAUGGAUUCUCAAUCCUUUGUGCUUUUCUGUUCAGGUUUCUGAGGAUUACAUUGGUCGUAAGAGCCGUUUGGCACGACGUGUUGCACCUGCUCAGGUGAUCCAAAGAGUAUUGGAAAGAAGCUUACAGGUCGGAUGGAAGCAUUGGACGCAAAUGGGGUUCAUCAAAGGAUGA